UGACUAUCGUGUUUGUCAUCUCAUCAGGCAUCCAUGAGAGGCUGAGCUGACAGACUGAACCCUUAGACUUUACGACCCUGAGGAUCCAUCAAUUCCCGUAAUCCAAUUCAUCCCAGUUCCAGUCCCUCCUUUCUUCUCUUUUCUCCAUCAGCUCCAGUUUUCACCUCCAGCUCCAGUUUGACUAACGGGGUUAUUCCUCAUCUUGUCUUAGCCAGAGUGCUCUGCUGCAUCCACCGCAGCUGCGAGUCCCUGCUGGAUGAUCGACCGGAUGACUUCAUCCUCCCCUUCUUGCAUCAUCAUCACCAAUUCUCCUUGUCAUUCCAAUCCGGUUGCAGUUGUGAACUCGAUCAUUCCAUCUAGAUAGUACACAGUACACAGUACACAGUACACACAAGACAGUAAAAAUACUAAUUCAGUUUUUCGUCAAUUACUCAAUAUUCCGACCUGAAUUGAUCCAUCCAUGAUCAUGUCUCCUCCGCUUCCUUUACCUCCGGGCUCAAAUGCCCGGCUCGGUCGCUUUUCUCCCUCCCUGCUGCUGCUGUCGCUGCUUCUACUGUCGCAGUCGCUCUGUCAUCCCUCCCCCCUCGGCUCGGAUGCCUCUCGUCCUCUUGCAAUUUCCCCCGAGGAUUCCUCCGUGACCGAUCUGGCCGACAGCCUGGUCGCUGCAGCUCCUCCCACCUCUGCUGACCCGAUUGGGAAUCUGGUCACACUACUCCCGUCCACCACUUCUACUCCCGGUGAUCAGUCCGGGUUAGUGGUGCUCCCCUCGUCGCGCUCUAGUUCCUCCGAUCUUGAAGCUUCCCCCGGCUUCGUGCAGCAGAUGAUUCGCUCUACCAGGGUUGCCAUUGUCACCCUCGCCUCAUUGAUUGCCUAUGUCUUGAUCAACAGCGCCGCGCGCGCCGUAAACCCGUCGGCCUUCAUCUGGUAUGCUGAGGAUCAUGACGAGCAGAGCUGGAUUGCCUCCUCGCCGUCCUGGUUGGAUCGCAAGGCCUGUCGGUGGCUCGGCAUGUGCGGGACCGCCCACUUCCGCCUAGUGCGGGCCCGCUACGGCCAGCGCGAGCCCACUCUGGGACCCUGGUCGCCCGAUGACGAGGCCCACUACGCCGCCUGGCGCGAUGCGCAAUUCAACGACUCCCAGCAGCCCGCUUGGGAUGAAGCCGAACGCUCGCGUCGGCAAAUUCCCGAGUAUGUCUUUCAGUAUGCGCCGUUGGUUUACCUGUCCUCGCAUGAGCAGUUUUGGCCGGGCGACAUUGCCGAGCAUCUUUACCACGUCACCCCGAUGCUGAACUACACCCCCAUUCAUUCGGAUGAGGAGCAUCCUACCUUGCAGGACCUCGAUCAGCUGAAUGAGUGGCAGGAAGGUGAGUUCGUGUACUUGACUAGCAACGACAAUGUAGAGGAUCGCCCGCCAUGGAUCGAGGGCGAGAAGAAUAUUCCCGACGAUCCCGAUGACGAUCUUGAGCUGUCAUGGCCUGACUGGGACGGCCGGAUAGACGGACCUAUUCCCGGGGACACGCCAGAAGAACGCUCCCAGUGGUAUGACACAGGCCGUCUCUCAUCAUUGAAGGGAGAGGAUGACAGUUGGUCUCCAGAAGAUCUGGGGUAUCUCCGCCCGGAAGACCUCGCUGACGAGGAUGUCCGAACCGAGUUGCGCAAAAGGUUCGGCGGCGAGCCCAUUCAUGUCGAAAAGACUGGCGGGCGCAGUAACGCUCCGGCAAUUCUGCUGGUGAUGGACAAAGGCCACGGCGUCGUAGAUGCGUUCUGGUUUUAUUUCUACAGCUUCAAUCUGGGCAACGUAGUGCUGAACGUGCGGUUCGGGAACCACGUGGGUGACUGGGAGCACUGUCUGGUGCGAUUUCACGACGGCAAGCCCAAGGCGCUUUUCUUCAGCGCGCACUCGGCAGGAGAAGCGUACAGUUACGAAGCCGUCGAAAAGAUCGGCCAGCGGCCCGUGAUUUACUCCGCCAUGGGCACCCAUGCCAUGUAUGCCACCCCAGGCAUCCAUGCCUACAUCCUGCCCUGGGGUUUGUUGCACGAUCAGACCGACCGUGGGCCCCUGUGGGACCCUCUUCUGAAUGCCCACGCCUAUACGUACGAUUAUGAUAGCGAUAACCUUCGAGCAUCCACUGCCACGCCAAGUGCCCCUAUCGAGUGGUUCUACUUCAACGGCCAUUGGGGCGACAAGUUCUAUCCGCUAGGUGAUCAGCGUCAGUAUCGAUUCGCAGGUCAAUAUCAUUAUGUCAACGGCCCAGUGGGACCGCGGUUCAAGCAUCUCAACCGCCACAAGGUCUGUCAGCAGCGGGACGAGGAAGUCUGCGUCAUCAAGAAUUACAUCGGGGAAGAAAAGCGGGCUAAACGCUGGGCGGGUACUCGACCUGAACAUGAGAAAGAACAUGACUAGACGGGAUCGCCCUUGGCCUUUUGGCAGACCCCAGCCGUGGCACAAUCCCAUGUCAGGUUGCUGGCAUUCUUGCAUUCCCUGCUGGUUGGAACCUAUUCCUACUAUAUCCCUACCUUUUCCCGGAUUUCCCCUCGUAUUCAUAACGUAUUCUUUGCGUGCAUUUGUUUAUUCCGGUGUUAUCUCAUGUGGAUAUACCCUGGCGUUUUCCUUUAUCCUUACAUCUUGGUCGACUGCAUAGACCACUGGCGCAUGUUGGGGCUAGUUUCCCCCUCAAACCCACGAUGGACGAGUUACACGACCCUACCUUAUAUCCUUACGCUACUAUACAUAUCAUGACAGUUUUGGACACGGACCAGGAGCCGUAUGAUGGCGUUCUGGUAGUUUGCAUUUGAUUUGGAUGAUUUACGGUCUGAUACGAGGAGUCUAGCGAUACGAAUAGAUGAUUGGUUAUAACCUCCGCUCUACAUGGUCAAUUCCUU